AACAUAGAAUAACAAAAAAAAAAAAAAAAAAACUAAGAAUCGAGAAAAGAGUCGAAAUGAAGUUCGGGAAGGAGUUUUCGUCUCAGAUGGUGUCAGAGUGGCAACAAGCUUACAUGGACUACGAUUAUCUCAAAACCCUUCUCAAACACAGGGAUCACCACGGCGGAGGAUUAAACCGGAAAAUGACUCUGGACAGCCUAUUUAGCUGUUUACAACUCUUUACUCCGCGAAGACAAAGACUCUGUAAUUCUCAAGACGUCGAGGGAGGGGUGCACUUGAAGGCGAAAACUACGACGACUAGGCCGAUUCAGGUGGAGACCACUGCUGAUGGCCAGGUCCAGACGAAGUUUCUGAUGGAGGGGGAAGUAGGAGAGUACGAGAGAGAGUUUUUCGGACGACUAGAUAAGGAAUUCAAUAAAGUCAUAAAGUUUUACGAAGAGAAAGCUGAGAAAGUGUUGAAAGAAGAAGAAGGGCUUCAAGGAAAGCUGGAAGCUUUGAUCACGGCCGGUUCUAAGCAUAACGAUAUAAAAUAUUCGCGUUGGAAAAGAGUGGCUAAUAUAGCUUCUCGCGCUAAAGUUGAGAAUCCAGAAAGGUGCGAAUGGGAAGAAAGGGAUGAAGAGAUCACUCCACUGUCGGCGGAUAUCUCUCCUUCUAGUCCCGUCGGAGCUAAAUCAAUGAUAGUUCGAAGUCAAGCUCAUACGGUGGUGAUAGAGGAUGGAGAGUCGAGCAGAGUUGGUCAAUCAGAAGAUGGAGCCAUAGAAUCGGCCGAUGCAAUGGAUACGAGCAAGAUGAGCAACAACACAAGAGGAAAUAUCCAGGAAUCGAAUAAGACCGAGUUAAAAUUAAGCAGAGAAAAUUCGAAGAAAGUCAAGAAACUGAAGCACGCUUACAUCAAGUUCUAUCGUGAGAUUAUAGAUCUACAGAACUACAGCUUUUCGAAUGCAAAGGCGUUCUCGAAGAUAUUGAAGAAGUAUGAGAAGAUAGCUUCGAGGGAUGCAAGGAACCCCUACAUGAAAGUGGUUGAUAGUUCAUACCUCGGAAGCUCUGAUGACGUCGUGCGACUCACAAAGCGUGUUGAAGAGGACUUCAUAAAACAUUUUGCAGAAGAUAAUCGAACCAAAGGAAUGAACAUUCUACGGCCUAAAAUGACACGAGAGAGGCACAGACUUACAUUCUCCACAGGGAAGUUCAAACUUAUUAUUACGAGGAGGAUAUUGGUUUCAGGUUUCUCGGCUGGAUGCGUUUUCUCUCUUAUAGUGGCUCUUGCUGCGAUCAUCCGCACCCGAAAUAGCUUGCAGGAGGAUGGCCAGGAGAUAUACAUGAAUACUAUGUUCCCACUUUAUAGCUGGUUCGGUUUUGUAAUGCUGCAUAUCAUGGUGUAUGCUGCGAAUAUAUACUACUGGAGGCGAUACAGAAUAAACUAUUCCAAAAUAUUUGGGUUCAAGCAAGGAACUGAACUUGGACACAGACAAGUCCUGCUUGUGGCUUUCAGCAUUGGCGUCUUUGCAUUGCUUUGUGUUCUUGCAAAUCUUGACAUGGAGGUAGAUCCUGAAACGAAAAACUAUCAAGCAUUCACCGAACUUCUUCCUCUUUUCCUACUUAUUGGUAUAUUUGGGGUUCUAUAUCUGCCAUUCGAUUUCUUUUAUCACUCGAAACGCAAAUUCUACCUUACAUGUAUGUUUCAUUGCAUCGCCGCUCCUUUUUAUGAGGUAUCAUUUGCUGAUAGCUUCUUGGGCGAUCAAUUCACUAGCCAGGUUCAAGCUCUUCGAAGCUUCGAGUUCUACAUAUGUUACUAUGGUUGGGGUGACUUCAAACACAGAAAGAACACUUGUACCAAGUCUCAUGCGUACAAUGGUUUCCUCUUCAUUGUUGCUGUCAUCCCUUUCGUCUCUCGCCUCCUUCAGUGCUUGCGACGACUGGUUGAUGAUAAAAAAACGGAUCACAGGUGGAACGGACUCAAGUACUUCUUGACAAUAGUGGCGGUUUGCUUCAGAACUGCUAACAGUAUCCAGCCAGCUCAAAUCGCUUGGAGAGUUUUAGCCAUUAUCUUCUCAGUUGUAGCUGCAAUAUUCGGUACUUACUGGGACUUUGUCCAUGAUUGGGGUCUUCUAAAACGGGGAUCCGAAAACCGCUGGCUUCGGGAUAACCUCCUCAUUCCUCAGAAGGAAGUAUACUUCAUCGCCAUGGUUUUGAAUGUCCUGCUGAGAUUUGCAUGGAUCCAAACGGUUCUGGAUUUCAACCUCCCCUUUAGGCAUAGUACCCAGACGAUGGUUGCUGUUGUAGCUAGUCUUGAGAUAAUUCGCCGUGGUAUAUGGAAUUUCUUCAGAUUAGAGAACGAGCAUCUGAACAAUGUCAGGAAAGAAGAAGAAUCAAGGAUCAAAGGUGAAGAUAAAGACGCUUAGUAGUUUCAGAAGACCGUGAAUGUACUCUUUGGAUACAUCAAACAGUUUACAUUGUCUUAACUUUUUUUAUUCCACCUUUCUCAAAAAACUUUUUUUAUUC